CACAGUGCUGCUGCGCGCACGCUGUCCGGCCACUCGGAAAUCUCGCUCAACGCGCAGGAUAUUUUGGCGUCGGGAGCAGGACUGUCGGCUAAUGUGCAUCUCCUCCGCGCAGCGCUGCCUGAAAUGCCCCAGUAGAGGACCUGAAGCUGUGACGAUCAGCGGACAACCUAAGCUGUGUUUUCUUCAGCAAUACGGUGUAGCUGCAGCCCCCGUCCGCUCCGCCCGCCAACAUGGUGGCGCUGUCGCUGAAAAUCUGCGUGCGCCAAUGCAACGUCGUGAAGACGAUGCAGUUCGAGCCGUCCACGGCCGUCUACGAUGCCUGCAGGAUCAUCAGGGAGAGAGUCCCGGAGGCUCAGACCGGACAGGCUUCAGACUACGGCCUGUUUCUGUCGGACGAAGACCCCAGAAAAGGCAUCUGGUUGGAGUCUGGGAGGACGCUGGACUAUUACAUGCUCCGCAAUGGGGAUAUCCUUGAAUACAAGAAAAAGCAAAGGCCCCAGAAAAUCAAAAUGCUGGAUGGAGCCAUUAAAACCAUCAUGGUGGAUGACUCCAAAACAGUGGGCGAGCUGCUUGUGACUAUCUGCAGUAGAAUAGGAAUCACAAACUACGAGGAAUACUCUCUGAUCCAAGAGACGGUGGAGGAGAAGAAAGAGGACGGGAUGGGCACACUGAAGAAGGAGAGGACGCUGCUGCGAGACGAGCGCAAGAUGGAGAAGCUGAAAGCCAAACUGCACACAGACGAUGACUUGAACUGGCUGGACCACAGCAGGACGUUCAGAGAGCAGGGUGUCGACGAGAGCGAGACGCUUCUGCUCCGACGCAAGUUCUUCUACUCGGACCAGAACGUGGACUCCAGAGACCCGGUUCAGCUCAAUCUGCUUUAUGUUCAGGCUCGAGAUGACAUCCUAAACGGCUCCCACCCGGUGUCGUUCGACAAGGCCUGUGAGUUCGGAGGCAUCCAGGCUCAGAUCCAGUUCGGUCCCCACAUAGAGCACAAACACAAGCCUGGAUUCUUAGACUUGAAGGAGUUUCUACCCAAAGAAUACAUAAAGCAAAGAGGAGCAGAGAAGAAAAUCUUUCAGGAGCAUAAAAACUGUGGAGAAAUGACAGAGAUUGAAGCCAAAGUGAAAUAUGUGAAAUUGGCCCGAUCUCUGCGGACAUACGGCGUCUCCUUCUUCUUGGUCAAGGAAAAGAUGAAGAGUAAGAACAAGCUGGUGCCGAGGCUCUUGGGAAUCACCAAAGAGUCUGUGAUGAGAGUUGACGAGCGGACCAAAGACGUGGUGCAGGAGUGGCCACUGACCACCGUGAAGAGGUGGGCAGCGUCCCCCAAGAGCUUCACCCUGGACUUCGGAGAGUACCAGGAGAGCUACUACUCCGUCCAGACCACUGAGGGGGAACAGAUCUCCCAGCUCAUCGCCGGUUACAUCGACAUCAUCCUCAAAAAGAAGCAAAGCAAGGACCGCUUCGGAUUAGAAGGUGAUGAAGAGUCGACCAUGCUUGAGGAGUCCGUGUCCCCGAAAAAGUCCACCAUCCUGCAGCAGCAGUUUAACCGCGUGGGCCGGGCGGAGCACGGCUCGGUGGCGCUGCCCGGGGUAAUCCGCUCCGGCUCUAUUGGCACGGAGUCGCUCAGCAUGGGGACCAUGCCAUCUGCUCAGCAGCAGAUCACCAUGGGUCAAAUGCACCGUGGACACAUGCCACCGCUGAGCUCGGCACAGCAGGCUCUGAUGGGAACCAUCAACACCAGCAUGCAGGCUGUGCAGAAGGCCCAGAUUGACCUGGGAGAGGUGGACGACCUGCCGCCGCUGGGACAGGACAUGGCCUCGAAGGUUUGGAUUCAAAACAAGAUGGAUGAAUCGAAACACGAGAUCCACUCACAGGUCGACGCCAUCACUGCAGGAACAGCGUCUGUCGUGAACCUCACAGCCGGUGAUCCCACCGACACCGACUACACCGCGGUGGGCUGCGCCAUCACCACCAUCUCCUCCAACCUGACUGAAAUGUCGAAGGGCGUGAAGCUGCUGGCUGCUCUGAUGGAGGACGACGUCGGCGGAGGCAACGACCUGAUGAAGGCUGCCAGGACUCUGGCGGGGGCCGUGUCCGACCUGCUGAAGGCCGUGGAGCCGGCCUCUGGAGAGCCCCGGCAGACGGUGUUGACAGCGGCAGGCAGCAUCGGCCAGGCCAGCGGAGACCUCCUGCGCCAGAUUGGAGAGAAUGAGACAGACGAGAGGUUCCAGGACGUCCUGAUGAAUCUGGCCAAAGCGGUUGCCAACGCGGCGGCCAUGUUGGUGCUGAAGGCCAAGAACGUGGCCCAGGUCGCCGAGGACACCGUCCUCCAGAACCGGGUGAUUGCGGCGGCGACGCAGUGCGCCCUGUCCACCUCCCAGCUGGUGGCGUGUGCCAAGGUUGUGAGUCCGACCAUCAGUUCCCCAGUUUGCCAGGAGCAGCUAAUUGAAGCCGGGAAGCUGGUGGACCGCUCCGUGGAGAGCUGCGUGCAGGCCUGCCUCUCGGCCACGGAGGACGGCGAGCUCCUCAAACAGGUGAGCGCCGCCGCCAGCGUGGUCAGUCAGGCUCUGGGAGAUCUCCUGCAGCACGUGCGCCAGUACACGUCCAGAGGGGAGCCGAUCGGACGCUACGACCAGGCCACAGACACCAUCAUGACGGUCACUGAGAGCAUCUUCACCUCAAUGGGGGACGCAGGCGAGAUGGUCCGCCAGGCCCGGGUCUUGGCUCAGGCCACCUCGGACCUGGUGAACGCCAUGAGGUCCGACGCCGAGGCCGAGGUGGACGUGGAUAACUCCAAGAAGCUGCUGGCGGCGGCGAAGCUGCUGGCCGACGCCACGGCGAGGAUGGUGGAGGCAGCGAAGGGUGCAGCGGCUUACCCGGAGAACGAAGACCAGCAGCAGCGGCUGAGGGAGGCCGCCGAGGGGCUCCGCGUGGCCACCAACGCCGCCGCCCAGAACGCCAUCAAGAAGAAGCUCAUCAACAGGCUGGAGAAUGCUGCCAAGCAAGCUGCGGCUGCAGCCACACAGACCAUCGCCGCUGCUCAGAACGCCGCCGCCUCCAACAAGAACACAGCUGCUCACCAGCAGCUGGUGCAGAGCUGCAAGGCAGUGGCAGACCACAUCCCACAGCUGGUUCAGGGAGUGCGCGGCAGUCAGGCCAAACCGGAGGACCUCAGUGCGCAGCUCGCCCUCAUCAUCGCCAGUCAGAACUUCCUACAGCCCGGCAGUAAGAUGGUGACCUCGGCCAAGUCGUCUGUUCCCACAGUGACGGAUCAGGCUGCAGCCAUGCAACUGGGUCAGUGUGCCAAGAACUUGGCCACCUGCCUGGCUGAGCUGAGGACGUCUGCACAGAAGGCUCACGAGGCUUGCGGCCCCAUGGAGAUCGACUCUGCGCUGACUGCUAUCCAGACUCUGAGAAGCGAGCUGCAGGACGCCAAGCAGGCUGCUGCCAGUGCUCAGCUGAAACCCCUACCUGGAGAAUCGCUGGAGAAAUGCGCCCAGGACCUCGGCAGCACGUCCAAGUCUGUGGGAUCGUCGAUGGCUCAGCUGCUCACAUGUGCUGCGCAGGGAAACGAACACUACACAGGGAUAGCAGCCAGAGAGACGGCUCAGGCCCUGAAAACUCUGGCCCAGGCAGCUCGUGGCGUCGCCGCCUCCACCACCGACCCCAAGGCGGCGGCCGCCAUGCUGGACUCGGCUCGAGACGUCAUGGAGGGCUCGGCGCUGCUCAUUCACGAAGCCAAACAGGCGCUGAUUUCUCCCGGAGACGCCGAGAGCCAGCAGAGGCUGGCGCAGGUGGCCAAGGCCGUCUCUCAUUCCCUGAAUAACUGCGUCAACUGUCUGCCCGGCCAGAAGGACGUGGACAUGGCUCUGAAAAGCAUCGGGGAAGCCAGCAAGAAGCUGCUCAUAGAGACUAUCCCUCCAGCCUCCAAGUCUUUCCAGGAGGCCCAGAGCGAGCUGAACCAAACGGCGGCAGACUUGAACCAGUCGGCGGGCGAGGUGGUGCACGCCUCCCGAGGCUCCAGCAGCCAGCUGGCCGUGGCCUCCGGGAAGUUCAGCCAGGACUUCGAUGAGUUCCUGGACGCGGGUAUCGAAAUGGCCGGGCACACUCAGAAAAAGGACGACCAGGUUCAGGUGAUUGGGAACUUGAAGAACAUCUCCAUGGCCUCCAGCAAGCUGCUGCUGGCAGCUAAGAGUCUGUCUGUGGACCCAGCGGCCGCCAACGCCAAGAACCUGCUCGCUGCCGCUGCAAGAGCAGUGACUGACAGCAUCAACCAGCUGAUCACGCUGUGCACACAACAGGCUCCCGGCCAGAAGGAAUGUGACAACGCCCUGCGAGAGCUGGAGGCAGUCAGAGGAAUGCUGGACAAUCCCAACGAACCAGUCAGCGACCUCUCCUACUUUGACUGCAUCGAGAGCGUGAUGGAGAACUCCAAAGUCCUGGGAGAGUCCAUGGCUGGUAUUUCUCAGAACUGUAAGACCGGAGAUGUGCCUGCGUUCGGGGACUGCGUGGGCUCGGCCUCUAAAGCGCUGUGUGGCCUCACUGAGGCUGCAGGACAGGCGUCCUAUUUGGUGGGCGUGUCUGAUCCCAACAGUCAGGCUGGACACCAGGGGUUGGUCGAUCCCAUCCAAUUUGCAAAAGCUAAUCAGGCAAUCCAGAUGGCCUGUCAAAACCUUGUAGACCCGGAAAGCAGCCCCUCCCAGGUGCUCUCUGCAGCCACCAUUGUUGCUAAGCACACCUCGGCACUGUGCAACGCCUGCCGUCUGGCGUCCUCCAAGACGACCAACCCGGUUGCCAAGAGGCACUUUGUCCAGUCUGCCAAGGAGGUGGCGAACAGCACUGCCAACUUGGUCAAAACCAUCAAGGCUUUGGAUGGGGAUUUCUCAGAGGAGAACAGGAACAGGUGUCGAGUCGCCACGGCUCCACUGAUAGAGGCUGUUGAGAACCUGACAACGUUUGCUUCUAACCCAGAGUUUGCCAGUGUCCCGGCUCAAAUCAGCAACGAGGGCUCUGCGGCGCAGGAGCCCAUCCUCCAGUCGGCACGCUCCAUGCUGGACAGCUCUACCCACCUUCUCAGAACUGCUCGCUCAUUGGUCAUUAACCCCAAGGACCCGCCCACCUGGUCCGUUCUGGCUGGUCACUCCCGCACCGUCUCCGACUCCAUCAAGAGUCUCAUCACAGCCAUCCGGGACAAGGCCCCGGGCCAGCGGGAGUGUGACUCGUCAAUUGAUAACAUCAACAAAUGUAUCCGGGACAUUGAGCAGGCCUCUCUGGCAACCGUCAGCCAGAACUUACCCAGCAGGGAUGAUAUCUCACUGGAGGCUCUGCAGGAGCAACUUACGUCCACCGUGCAGGAAAUUGGCCACUUAAUUGACCCGGUUUCCACUGCUGCCAGGGGCGAAGCUUCCCAACUAGGACACAAGGUGACUCAGCUGGCGGGUUACUUCGAGCCCCUCAUCACGGCGUCUGUGGGCGUGGCCUCGAAGCUGAAGGACCACCAGCAGCAGAUGACUUUCCUGGACCAGACCAAGACCCUGGCCGAGUCCGCCCUGCAGAUGCUCUACGCCGCCAAGGAGGGGGGAGGAAACCCGAAGGCGUCCCAUACCCACGAUGCCAUCGCAGAGGCGGCUCAGCUGAUGAAAGAGGCGGUGGACGACAUUAUGGUGACACUGAACGAGGCGGCCAGUGAGGUGGGGAUGGUGGGAGGAAUGGUGGAGUCCAUCGCGGACGCCAUGGCCAAGCUGGAUGAAGGAACGCCGCCUGCACCCGAAGGCUCUUUUGUGGAUUACCAGACCAAUAUGGUGAGGCACUCCAAGGCUAUCGCCGUCACUGCUCAGGAAAUGAUGACCAAAUCAGUCACAUGUCCAGAUGAUUUGGGAUGCCUGGCCUCUCAGGUCACUGUGGACUACGGCCAGCUGGCCGUUCAGGGCCGACUGGCUGCCCACACAGCGGAGCCAGAAGAGAUCGGUUUUCAGAUUAAGAACCGAGUACAGGAGCUUGGUCAUGGCUGUAUCUUCCUGGUCCAGAAGGCCGGCGCUCUGCAGAUCACCCCGUCCGACAGCUUCACCAAGCGAGAGCUCAUUGAAUGUGCUCGAGCGGUCACAGAGAAGGUGUCUUUGGUGCUCUCGGCCCUGCAGGCAGGAAACAAAGGCACUCAGGCGUGCAUCACUGCAGCCAGCGCCGUGUCCGGCAUCAUCGCCGAUCUGGACACCACCAUCAUGUUCGCCUCCGCCGGCACGCUCAAUGCGGAGAACGACGAGUCCUUCGCCGACCACAGGGAAAACAUUUUGAAGACGGCCAAGGCUCUGGUGGAAGACACCAAGAUGCUGGUGUCCGGUGCAGCUUCCGGUCAGGACAAGCUGGCUCAGGCCGCCCAGUCUUCUGCCAAAACCAUCACCCAGCUGACAGAUGUGGUCAAACUGGGAGCUGCCAGCAUUGGCUCAGACGAUCCCGAGACGCAGGUGGUUCUGAUAAACGCUGUUAAAGAUGUGGCCAAAGCGCUGGCCGAGCUCAUCAGUGCCACCAAGUGUGCUGCUGGCAAGGCAGCGGAUGAUCCAUCCAUGUACCAGCUGAAGAGUGCAGCCAAGGUGAUGGUGACCAACGUGACGUCGCUGCUGAAGACGGUCAAGGCCGUGGAGGACGAAGCCACCCGGGGCACCAGAGCGCUGGAGGCCACGAUCGAGUGCAUCAAACAGGAAAUGGCGCUGUUUCAGUCCAAGGAUGCGCCCAACAAGGCGACCACACCUGAGGAGUUCAUUCGCAUGACUAAGGGCAUCACCAUAGCAACUGCCAAAGCAGUGGCUGCUGGGAACUCGGCCCGCCAGGAGGACAUCAUCCAUACAGCCAACCUGAGCCGCAAAGCCAUUUCGGACAUGCUCACCACGUGCAAGCAAGCUGCCUACCAUCCAGAGGUGAGCGAGGAGGUGAAGAACAGAGCGCUGAUGUUCGGAUCCGAGUGUACAACCGGAUACAUCGAGCUGCUGGAGCAAGUACUAAUGGUCUUGCAGAAACCCACUGCAGAGCAGAAGCAGCAGCUCGCCGCCUGCUCCAAACGAGUGGCAGGAGCCGUCACAGAGCUCAUCCAGACCGCCGAGGCCAUGAAAGACGGAGGUUCGGAGUGGGUGGACCCCGAGGACCCCACAGUCAUCGCAGAGACGGAGCUGCUCGGCGCGGCGGCGUCCAUCGAAGCGGCGGCGAAGAAGCUGGAGCAGCUCAAACCCCGAGCCAAGCCCAAGCAAGCGGACGAGACGCUGAACUUUGAGGAGCAGAUCCUGGAGGCGGCCAAGUCCAUCGCGGCGGCCACCAGCGCGCUGGUCAAAUCGGCCUCGGCUGCCCAGAGAGAGCUGGUGGCUCAGGGGAAAGUGGGCCUGAUCCCCGCCAACGCCGUGGACGACGGACAGUGGUCCCAGGGACUCAUCUCCGCCGCUCGUAUGGUGGCGGCGGCGACAAGCAGCCUGUGCGAGGCGGCCAACGCCUCGGUGCAGGGCCACGCCAGCGAGGAGAAGCUCAUCUCUUCGGCCAAGCAGGUGGCGGCGUCCACCGCCCAGCUGCUGGUGGCCUGUAAAGUGAAGGCCGAUCAGGACUCGGAGGCCAUGAGGAGACUACAGAUUGCUGGAAACGCAGUGAAGAAGGCGUCAGACAAUCUGGUGCGGGCGGCUCAGAAGGCAGCGUUUGACAAAGCGGAUGAAGACAACGUGGUGGUCAAGACUAAGUUUGUGGGAGGAAUCGCUCAGAUCAUUGCGGCCCAGGAGGAGAUGCUGAGGAAGGAGAGGGAGCUGGAAGAAGCCAGGAAGAAGCUGGCCCAGAUCAGGCAGCAGCAGUACAAGUUCCUACCCAGUGAACUGCGAGAGGACAGCAACUAACGGCUGCACAUGCCCAACCCGAUGUGACGAGCACGUCCCUGUUCGUGUCCAUACGUGCGUCCUCCUCACGGCGCACCUGGACGGGCAUGUGCCCCACUUGAGCAAAUGUAUGUGACUGAUUUGAAAGAGCAGGUCUGCAGUGAACACCAAUGUACGUCUGAUAUCGGAAAGAUCCGUUAACAAGCAAGUUUGAGAUACUACUGUGUGGAACUGACUACUUCCUGUGGUGAACUCGGCUGAAGAACGCUCUCGCGUCGUCAUUAAAACGACUUCGAUUCAAACCCGAAUGUGACAAGCUUGGGACAAAUAGCACAACCUCUUACGCUCUGGCGUUUGUCCAUAAGCAGUGCUUCUUUCUUUUGUUUACCAAUUUGCAGCUCCAGUGCAUAAAAAUUAAGAAUUGAUUGUAUUGCUGUUCUUGUCACACAGUCAUAUAACUGCAGCGUCAUUCUAUU